AUGACCCUCUGUUUUCAGCCCAUUCUCUUACUGAUGCCUGUGGUUUCAGUAGUAUCUGUGCCAGUUCCCAGCAACACAAAGACAGUUUUUAGGGAGGCACAGGCUGGGGGAAACCUCACUCUGGAUGUGGGCACGGCUAUGGGCACAGUUGUGCAUUUCCAAUCUACCAAUCCUGCCUCAGAGGAGCGCGUGAUCUGCAAAAGGGAAGGCUCCAACAGCUCUUGUCUCCCUGAAUUUGAUGACCGUCUGUCCCUUCAUGAUGCCUGUUUUGAGCUGAGAAACGUAAAGCUAUCAGACAGUGGAGUUUACACCUUCAGAGAUUAUGACACCGAUGACAUCAUCAGCAUUUACAACAUAAGUGUCAGUGAUCUGAAGAAAAGCACCAUGACUGAGAAGAAUAUAGCACCAGCACGGGUGAAUAUGGUGCCAUGGUGUUGGCUACUGGUGCUACUGAUGGUUCGCACGUCCAGUACACACGGAAUAUCCGGUAGGGAUUACGCGGAAGCAGUCAACGGAGAACGAAAUUGCGAAUUCUUGUCAAGAAGAAAGAAAAGUGUGAAGUCGUGUGCGAUUGAACGGAAUUGGGGCUUCUCGUUAGAAGAACUGUUCGGACUGGCCCUGAAAUUCUUCAGAGAGAUGGAUGGUAAAGCCUUUCAUCCGACAUACGAGGAAAAGCUACGUCUGGUGGCUCUACACAAGCAGGUCUCACUUGGCCCCUGCAACCCAGCAGCUUGUCCAGAGACUGGCUUUUUUGACGUUCUGGGAAAUGACAGAAGGAAGGAAUGGAUGCGUUUAGGCAGUAUGGCCAAAGAGGACGCGAUGGAGGAUUUUGUCAAACUGCUGAACUCCUGCUGCACAUUGUUUGCUCCGUAUGUCACGUCACACAAGAUUGAAAAGGAAGAUCAGGAGAGGAGACGGAGGGAAGAAGAGGAGCGUCUCAGACUGGAACAGGAGGAAGAAGAACGGCGCCUCAGGGAAGAGGAGGAGAGAAAAGCACGGGAAGAGCAGGAGAAGAGAGAAAGAGAAGAAGAGGAGCAGAGACGAAAGGAGGAAGAAAGGUCACAGAUGGAACUGCAUAAACAGCAGAUCAUGGCAGCUCUGAAUGCGCAGACGGCUGUUCACUUUCAGCAGUAUGCGGCACAACAGUGUCCUGACAACCCUGAGCAGCAGCAUCUGCUCAUUCAACAGCUUCAAGAGAGGCACUACCAACAGUACAUCCAACAGGCCUGCCAACAACAACAGAAGCAGGGGGAGGGUUUAAUGAUGUCACCAGCCUCUGAGAGCCUGUCUGUAUAUUCACCAAGCGACAUGAGUGGUCAUCCAACCAGCCAAUCAAACAAUGCUAGUCAGCACCAGGAGGCAGAGUUGGACCAGCCACUUGUAAACAGCGGAGCAGGAGACGUUUCCAUGGUGAUCUCGUCUCCCUCCAUGUGGACGAGGCCGCAGAUAGGGGAUUUUAAGGAGAAAAUGAGGGGGGACGUGGACUCUGUCAUAACAGUCGGGAGGGGAGAGGUCCUGACGAUUCGCGUCCCCACGCACGAGAACGGCUCUUACCUCUUUUGGGAAUUUGCCACGGAUGACCACGACGUUGGGUUUGGACUGUAUUUCGAGUGGGCAGACUCGCUCGAUCAGUUGGUUAGUGCAAAAGACCGGGAUACUUUGGAUAAAACCACCGAGGAGGGGGCAGCCCAAAAUAAAGACGAGAGAGAAGAGGAAUCGCAAGAGAUAAAAAACGUUCAAGUGGAAGAGGUUGUGCCGGUGCUGAGAAGGGACAGCCAUACGGAGGUGUACGCGGGCAGUCACCGUUACCCGGGUCACGGUGUUUACCUGCUGAAAUUCGAUAACUCCUACUCCCUAUGGAGAUCCAAGGUGGUUUACUACAGAGUCUAUUAUACCCACUGAGUUAAACCUGCAAAACGUGCUAGUUCUGCAUACGUCAGAACUGAAACCGUUCCUCUUUUAUUUGAUGA